AUGUCUCCCCUGCUGACGCUCGUCCUGCUCCCCCUGGUGGCGGUGGAGUGUCAGUACGACCGCUGCGGCUCUCUGCUCAGCUCGGAGGCGGGGCCAGGCUGGCAGUUCUACGCGUGUCAACCUCAGCCGACCAAUAUGAAGGAGUUUAUGCAAAUUAGAGUGGAUCCACCUGGAAUCACCUGCGGCAACCCACCCGAGCGCUUCUGUACACUGGAGAACCCAUAUCUGUGCAGUGAUGAGUGUGAUGCCUCCAGUCCAGACCUGGCUCAUCCUCCUCAGAUGAUGCAGGACAGAGAACGAGGAGGACUCAUAACAUACUGGCAGACGGUGACAUGGUCGCGUUACCCACAGCCACUGUUAGCCAACAUCUCUCUCUCCUGGAACAAGAGCCUGGAGCUGGUUGAUGACGUCAUUGUGACCUUUGAAUACGGACGGCCAACUAUAAUGGUUCUAGAGAAGUCUCUGGACAAAGGGGUUACAUGGCAGCCCUACCAGUAUUAUGCUGAUGACUGCAUGGAGGCUUUUGGCAUGCCGGCUAAACAGGUUAGAGAUCUGGCGCCCAGUAAUGUGACCCGGGUCAUCUGCACCGAGCAGUACUCACGCUGGGUUGGAGCCAAGGAGGAGAAGAACGUUGUGUUUGAAGUGCGCGCUCGGUUCGUGGUGUUUGCGGGUCCCAAGCUCAUCAACAUGGACGCCCUGUACACGCGCAUGGAGAGCAUGAAGGGACUGAGGGAAUUCUUCUCUUUCACCAACCUGCGCCUGCGUCUUCUCCGCCCGGCUUUGGGAGGGACGUACGUCCAGAGAGACAACCUGCAGAAGUACUUCUACGCCAUCUCCAACAUCCACAUCCCUGCCAGGUGUAAGUGUAAUUUACAUGCUGCUGGGUGUAUGCUGCGUGAUGCCACCCUGCAGUGUGAGUGUGACCAUAACACCAGCGGGCAGGACUGCCAACGUUGUUCCCGUGGGUUCAAACUGCGCAGCUGGAGACCGGGGUCAUACCUGCCCACCCCAACCGGCACUGCUAACACAUGUGAAGCAGCAGGAAAUUCUGGUAACUGUGAGUGUAACGGCCACUCUAACCGCUGUAGCUUCAUAGACUUCAUUAACGUGGUGACGUGUGUGAGUUGUAAACACAACACCCGCGGACACAACUGUCAGUACUGCCGGAUGGGCUACUACAGAAAUGCCUCCGCUCCCCUCCAUGACGAGAACGUCUGUAUUGAGUGUAACUGUGACUUGAAGGGUAGUCUCAACCCUCGCUGUGAUAACAAUGGAUUCUGUCAGUGCAAGGAACGAACCAUAGGGAGGCGCUGCGACAUGUGUCUGCCUGGUUACAGCCGGAGGGGGGAGUGUGUCGCAAAUCUGUGCAAUGAGGAACAGCUACGGUGUCAGAAUGGAGGGACAUGUAUGAACUUCCAGCGCUGUGUCUGUCCAGAGCGCUUCACAGGUCCACUCUGUGAACAGAGGAUUUGUCUCAGGGAGAAAGACUGCGCCUCCAACAGCAAAGACUCCAACUCUGCCAUGUCUCUCUGCCCUUUCCUUCUCACCUUGACCCUUCACCUCUGUACACUGCCCUGUCUGAGGGUACCACCUCUUUGGUAA